AUGAUGCACGGCAGAGAGGAAGAUGAGAUGAGGUCCAUAAAGAAAUUUUUUUGUAAUUCGGAGGAUUAUUUUUUAAGAGAUAAUUUAACAAAAAAGGGGAAGAAGAAGAGUGGAAUGGAACAGAAAAAUGAAGAAAAUGUGAACAGAAAUUUUGGAAAGCAUUUGAACAAAGAUGUUUGUCUACUUACCGAAACAGCAAGGAGAAAAAAUGGAAAAAGGAGAAUGCAAUGCUAUAAGGAUGUGUUUGACCGACUAACAGACACUAAGUUCUACACGGGAACGCAUAAAAAAAGAUUCGACGAUUCCAGAAAUGGGGGAGGCACGAUAUGCUAUGAAGAGUUGUUUAUGGAGGAUUACACGGACGAUAAUAAUGAUCACUACGUGGACGAUAAUAAUGAUCACUACAUGGACGAUAAUAAUGAUCACUACAUGGACGAUAAUAAUUAUCACUAUAUGAGCCAUAAUAAUGACCACUACAAUGGAAAACAUUUGGGUGAGCGCUUAAUGGGGGUUUGUAGAACAAGGCAUGAUAUAUACUCUUAUUACGUCAAAAGAGUAAGAAGCUGUACCGUUGUUACCCCAGGGACACUGGGUAUACAGAAAUAUGGCAUUCAAAUAGCGCGUCCAAAGACUAUAUGCCUAUAUCUAAAUAGGGAUAAAUAUCAUAAUGGUUUAUUCUUUUUUAUCAAACCGCAUGUAAACAAUUGGAAGUGUUUCUUAUUUGAAAUUACAAAAGUAUUGUCACCCAUCAUUGGACCUAUAAGAAAAGUUUACGAUCAAAAUUUUCGAUUAGUAAAAUCAGUUGAAGAUUUAAUUCAUGGUGCUAAGUAUUUAUGUACCUCUGGAGACCCCCCUGCAUCUCUAGACACACUUCAGAAUUUUUUGAGCAAAUGGAUUUUGCAAAUAUAG